AGGCUGAGACCUCGUCCUGCUCGUAGUGCUGGCAGUAGUCUGUCAGCCCUAAAGUACUGGCUGCCCUUGCUUCGCCCUCCUCUCUAGGAGCAGGGUAAGGUGCUGGUGGGGCUGACAUAGUGGCUGAGGGUCACCCAUGGUCUCAGUGAUGCCUGGGUGAUUCUUGAGUCCGGCAAUGCCCCUGCCUCAUUGUGGUUUUGGCCAUAGCUCCUUUUAAGGCUCGAACAGAUGAAGCCAAAUGGUGUGCUGGAAAACAUUCCUGACUCCAAGGGAGAUGCUGUCUAGGAACUGCUGUCUGCCUUUACAUGCAUUUUGGGUGUAUUUGGCCUGUUCUGACAGCAGAAGUGCAAGCACAGUGCACAAUCGGCUAGGGGCUGGACAGCUUUUUGAGUGAAAAUGUGUUUCAGCAGUUGUGUGGUGGUCCAGCUGUGGUGCAGUGGCCUAGUGCCUGCCCCGACAAGAGCAACCGCAGUGACUUAUCUCAGUCCCCAGGGCUGGGCCUUUUGCUGUGGCUCAACAGCCUGCUGCCGGCCCGUGAAAUGCAAUCAGAGCUAUGCGGAUGCCACGAGCCAGGGCAAACUGACUCUUCCCAUCUCAUCCCACAGAGAACAAACAGAGCUCAAGUGCUGAGCAUCAGAGGAGCACAGGAAGAGGAGCCCACGGAUCCCCAGCUGAUGCGGUUAGACAACAUGCUUCUGGCUGAGGGGGUAGCAGGCCCUGAAAAAGGAGGUGGCUCAGCCGCUGCUGCCGCUGCUGCUGCAGCAUCAGGAGGAGCCGGCUCUGACAACUCAGUGGAGCACUCUGACUACAGAGCCAAACUGUCCCAGAUCCGGCAGAUCUACCACACGGAGCUGGAGAAGUACGAGCAGGCAUGCAAUGAAUUCACCACCCAUGUGAUGAACCUGCUGCGUGAGCAGAGCCGGACCCGACCUAUCUCACCAAAGGAGAUAGAGCGAAUGGUGAGCAUCAUCCACCGCAAGUUCAGCUCCAUCCAGAUGCAGUUGAAGCAAAGCACGUGUGAAGCUGUCAUGAUCUUGCGCUCCCGAUUUCUGGAUGCACGGCGGAAGAGACGAAACUUCAACAAGCAAGCUACGGAAAUCCUGAAUGAGUAUUUCUAUUCCCAUCUCAGCAACCCUUACCCCAGUGAGGAAGCCAAAGAAGAGCUAGCCAAGAAAUGCGGCAUCACAGUCUCACAGGUAUCAAACUGGUUUGGAAAUAAGAGAAUCCGGUACAAGAAGAACAUAGGUAAAUUUCAAGAGGAAGCCAAUAUUUAUGCUGCCAAAACGGCUGUCACGGCUACCAAUGUGUCAGCCCAUGGAAGCCAGGCUAACUCACCCUCAACUCCCAAUUCAGCUGGUUCUUCCAGUUCUUUUAACAUGUCAAACUCUGGAGAUUUGUUCAUGAGCGUGCAGUCUCUCAAUGGGGAUUCUUACCAAGGGGCCCAGGUUGGAGCCAACGUGCAGUCACAGGUGGAUACCCUUCGCCAUGUUAUCAGCCAGACAGGAGGAUACAGUGAUGGACUCGCAGCAAGUCAGAUGUAUAGUCCGCAGGGCAUCAGUGCUAAUGGAGGUUGGCAAGACGCUACUACCCCAUCGUCGGUGACCUCCCCCACAGAAGGCCCUGGCAGCGUUCACUCUGAUACCUCCAACUGAUCUCCCAGCAAAUUGCAUCCCUGGCUGAGCCGGUCCCGGCGGGGCAGGAGGGGAGGGGGCCUCUCCUAACACUGCAGCAGUCAGACUGGAGGUGAACCCAAUCAGCACACACAAGAAGACUCCUUCUCUUCUCUUCUCUUCGUCGGGAUGCUUUUUUCAGCCAAUCUGGACACUUCUUUAUACUCUCUUCCCUUUCUUUUCUGGGUAGAAGCCACUCCCUCCCUGCCACCGCCACAACACCACUCCCUUCCCCUCACCCCUUCCCACCGAAGGAUAUGUCAACAGGUAGAAGGAUUUUAAGGAGGAAAAGCAAAAAUCAACUGCCACCACACAAAACAACCCCAAA